AUGCGGCUUCUCCACUUUGACGCGCUGGGGAGGCUCGUCUUGACAGAUUUCAGCGGCAAGACGACCCCGCCCUAUGCCAUUCUGUCGCACAGAUGGAGCGACUCCGAGAUCCUCAUCGAAGACAUAUCGAACGGGGCCUACAAGGAGAAGGAAGAAGGCUAUCGAAAGCUCCGGUUUUGCGCUGAACAGGCGGCGCAUGACGAGCUGCAGUACUUCUGGAUCGACACAUGCUGCAUCGACAGAUGGGACCUUCGCGAGCGGUCGAAAGCGAUCAACUCGAUGUUUCAAUGGUACAAGGAUGCGACACGAUGCUAUGUCUUCUUGUCAGACGUCUCGGUGUCGACUGCAACAGAGCCAGUCCAGCGCAGCGACUGGGAGGCGUCAUUCCGUGCAAGCGCAUGGUUCACUCGGGGGUGGACGCUCCAAGAGCUCAUCGCGCCAGUGUCAGUCGAGUUCUUCUCACGUGACGGACAGCGAAUAGGCGACAAAACGUCUCUUAGCCACUUAGUACACGAGAUCACCAGCAUUCCGCUUACCGCAUUACGCAACUGUCCCUUGAACCAAUUUACUAUAUCUGAGCGAGCGCGGUGGGUCGAGAAUCGCGAAACAACGGAGGAAGAAGACACUGUAUACUGCUUGCUUGGAAUCCUCGGUAUCUUUAUGCCUACUACCUAUGGCGAGGGAAGAGACAGAGCAUUAAGAAGGCUGCAGGCUGAAGUAGAUGCAGCCAGUAGCGCACCAUCCAUCAUUCCAUUCUCCCAGAACGAUCGUUUCGUAGGUCGAGAGUCGCAGCUCGCCGAACUGGAAGCAAAGCUCUUCAGCAAUAAGCAAUCCACCACCACCUUAGCGAUAGUCGGACCUGGGGGAGCAGGCAAGUCGCAGCUCGCGCUCGAGAUUGCACAUAGAACGAGGCAAAACAAUAAGAACUGUUCGGUCUUCUGGAUCGACGCAAGCGAUAAAAACAGUUUCCACCAGUCGUAUGCAAGUAUAGCCCAGAAGCUCAGCAUUCCGGGGUGGGACGAUGAUCAGGCAGACACAAAACAGGCCGUAAAACGAUGUCUAGCAGAGCAUAGUGCGAAACAGUGUUUGUUGGUUUUCGACAACGUAGAGGACACUACUCUGAGAUCCAGCGGGCCAUCCACAGCAGAAGCUACAGAUUUGAUCGACUACCUGCCCCAGUCUAAGCUAUGUUCCGUUAUCUUCACAACAACAAAUAGCAAUACAGCUAAGAAGAUAGCUCUAAAAGAUGUUAUAGGACUCCAGGAGCUAACACCUGACACGGCUCAAAGGAUGCUGGAAAACCACUUGGAAACUCCGUUUCCGAGCAGUGAGCAGCAGGAGGCGAAGCUGUUGUUAAAAGAUCUAUUACAUCUUCCUCUAGCAGUUGUUCAGUCAGCGGCCUAUAUUAAUGCUAGAAGCUUAACGCUGCGAAAAUACCGAUCACAACUAAACAAGCACGAAGAACCUGCUCUCCAGCGUAGCAGCGGCUCACCCGGGGGCAAGCUGCAGAGUUAUGGUAUAAAAGAUCCUGUAGCUACUACACUGUUCAUCUCCAUGGACCAGGUUCUUCAUGAUAAUGCGCUUGCAGCAGAUUAUCUGUUCCUUGUCGCAUGUGUUGAUCGAAAAGAUAUUCCACAUGAUCUUCUGGAGGCGUCCUCGCCCAGGGCAAGGGAGGAUGCGAUUAAGGUCCUUAGUAGGUAUGCACUAGUAACCAGGCGGCCUGCCGAGUCCGCACUCGAUCUUCACCGACUAGUGCAUCGUGCUCUACGGCAGUGGCUCGAAAGGCAGGGGUGGCUAGGCCGGUGGACUCAGCAUGCUAUUACACAGCUACUCAGGAUGUUUCCAGACCAUGGUCACGGUAGUAGAAGUAAGUGGAGACGAUUACUUCCACAUGCCAUGUACGCUCUGUCUUAUGGUCCCGAUGAAGGAGGGGGUAGUAACAGAUUAACUCUGGUAUGGAAAUGUGCCAUGACGUUAUAUAGUGACGGACGGUACAAUGAGGCAGAAGGACUGUUUGUACAAGUAAUGGAGACAAGAAAGAAUGUGCUGGGCGGCGAGCAUCCUGAUACGCUGACCAGCAUGGCCAACCUAGCAUCGACGUACUCGAACCAAGGGCGGUGGAAGGAGGCCGAAGAGCUAGACUUGCAAGUGCUGGAGACAAGAAGGAGAGAGCUUGGCGACGAGCAUCCCGACACGCUGAACAGCAUUACCAACCUAGCAUUAACGUACUCGAACCAAGGGCGGUGGAAGGAGGCCGAAGAGCUAGGCGUGCAAGUGACGGAGACAACAAAGAGAGUGCUUGGCGACGAGCAUCCCGACACGCUGACUAGCAUGGCCAACCUAGCAUCGACGUACUGGAACCAAGGGCGGUGGAAGGAGGCCGAAGACCUGGAGGUGCAAGUGAUAACGGCAAGAAGGAGAGAGCUUGGCGACGAGCAUCCCGACACGCUGACCAGCAUGGCCAACCUAGCAUCGACGUAUAUGAACCAGAAGCGGUGGAAGGAGGCAGAAGAACUGGAGGUGGAAGUAAUGGAGACAAGAAAGAGAGUGCUCGGCGACGAGCAUCCUGACACGCUGACCAGCAUGGCCAACCUAGCAUUAACGUACUGGAAGCAAGGGCAGUGGAAGGAGGCCGAAGAGUUAGAGGUGCAAGUAAUGGAGACAAGAAAGAGAGAGCUUGGCGACGAGCACCCAGACACGCUGACUAGCAUGGCCAACCUAGCUUCGACGUAUAGGAAACAAGGGCAGUGGAAGGAGGCUGAAGAGCUAGACUUGCAAGUGCUGGAGACAAGAAAGAGGGUGCUUAGCGACGAGCAUCCUGAUAUGCUGACUAGCAUGGCCAACCUAGCUUCGACGUACUGGAAGCAAGGGCGGUGGAAGGAGGCCGAAGACCUAGACGUGCAAGUGCUGGAGACAAAAAGGAGAGAGCUUGGCGACGAGCAUCCUGACACGCUAACUAGUAUGGCCAACCUAGCGUUAACAUACUCAAACCAAGGGCGGUGGAAGGAGGCAGAAGAGCUGUUUGUACAAGUAAUAGGGACAAUAAAGAAGCAAGGGCGGUGGAAGGAAGCUGAAGACCUGGAGGUGCAAGUGAUGAAGGCAAGAAAGAGAGAGCUUGGCGAUGAGCAUCCCGACACGCUGACCAGCAUGGCCAAUCUAGCAUCGACGUACUCAAACCAAGGGCGGUGGAAGGAGGCCGAAGAGCUAGACGUGCAAGUGAUGGAGACAAGAAGGAGAGAGCUUGGCGACGAGCAUCCUGACACGCUGACUAGCAUGGCCAACCUAGCGUUAACAUACUGGAACCAAGAGCGGUGGAAGGAGGCCGAAGAGUUAGAGGUGCAAGUGAUGGAGACAAGAAAGAGAGAGCUUGGCGACGAGCACCCAGACACGCUGACUAGCAUGGCCAACCUAGCAUCGACGUACUGGAACCAAGGGCGGUGGAAGGAGGCCGAAGAGCUAGACUUGCAAGUGCUGGAGACAAGAAGGAGAGAGCUUGGCGACGAGCAUCCUGACACGCUGACCAGCAUAGCCAACCUAGCUUCGACGUACUGGAAGCAAGGGCGGUGGAAGGAGACCGAAGACCUAGACGUGCAAGUGCUGGAGACAAAAAGGAGAGAGCUUGGCGAUGAGCAUCCUGACACGCUGACCAGCAUAGUCAACCUAGCUUUGACGUACUCAAACCAAGGGCGGUGGAAGGAGGCCGAAGACCUAGACGUGCAAGUGCUGGAGAGAAAAAGGAGAGAGCUUGGCGAUGAGCAUCCUGACACGCUGACUAGCAUGGCCAAGCUAGCAUCAACGUAUAUGAACCAAGAGCGGUGGAAGGAGGCUAAAGAGCUGUUUGUACAAGUAAUAGGGACAAUAAAGAAGCAAGGGCGGUGGAAGGAAGCUGAAGACCUGGAGGUGCAAGUGAUGAAGGCAAGAAAGAGUGUGCUCGGCGACGAGCAUCCUGACACGCUGACCAGCAUGGCCAACCUAGCGUUAACAUACUCAAACCAAGGGCGGUGGAAGGAGGCAGAAGAGUUAGAGGUAGAAGUGAUAGAGGCAAGAAAGAGAGUGCUCGGCGACGAGCAUCCCGACACGCUGACCAGCAUGGCCAACCUAGCUUUGACGUACUCAAACCAAGGGCGGUGGAAGGAGGCUAAAGAGCUGUUUGAGCAAGUGAUGGAGGCAAGAAAGAGUGUGCUCGGCGACAAGCAUCCUGACACGCUGACCAGCAUGGCCAACCUAGCUUUGACGUACUCAAACCAAGGGCGGUGGAAGGAGGCUAAAGAGCUGUUUGAGCAAGUGAUGGAGGCAAGAAAGAGUGUGCUCGGCGACAAGCAUCCUGACACGCUGACCAGCAUGGCCAACCUAGCGUUAACAUACUCAAACCAAGGGCGGUGGAAGGAGGCUAAAGAGCUGUUUGAGCAAGUAAUGGAGGCAAGAAAGAGAGUGCUUGGCGACGAGCACCCAGACACGCUGACUAGCAUGGCCAAUCUAGCAUCAACGUACUCAAACCAAGGGCGGUGGAAGGAGGCCAAAGAGCUAGAGGUGCAAGUGAUGGAGACAAAAAGGAGAGAGCUUGGCGACGAGCAUCCCGACACGCUAAACAGCAUGGCCAACCUAGCGUUAACAUACUCAAACCAAGGGCGGUGGAAGGAGGCAGAAGAGUUAGAGGUAGAAGUGAUAGAGGCAAGAAAGAGAGAGCUUGGCGACGAGCAUCCUGACACGCUGACUAGCAUGGCUAAGCUAGCAUCAACGUAUAUAAACCAAGAGCGGUGGAAGGAGGCCAAAGAGCUGGAGGUGCAAGUAAUAGGGACAAUAAAGAAGCAAGGGCGGUGGAAGGAAGCUGAAGACCUGGAGGUGCAAGUGAUAAAGGCAAGAAAGAGUGUGCUUGGCGAUGAGCAUCCUGACACGCUAACCAGCAUGGCUAACCUAGCGUCGACGUAUAUGAAACGAGGGCGGUGGGAGGAGGCCGAAGAGCUAAAGUUGCAAGUGAUGAAGGCAAGGAAGAGGUCUUUGAUCUGA